AUGGCGUCCCACACCAAAAAGGAUGACUUCUGCCUCGAGUGCAAUUGGGACGCCUUCCACCUCGACGGACAAGAACCCCAGGAGAGUGACACCGUUCCCGCAGCGACGUCGCUGAGAUGCCCCGAGGAAGAUCACCCCUCACGCGACCAGUGUGGUGACGAGGAUCCCUGCUGCGAUGCCGAUGACUGCUCGACAACGUGCCCGUCGGUCUGUGACGGGUUCGUCGAAUGCGAUCAAACCACAGCGUGCUCUGCCCCUCAUUGCGAUGACGCCCAUUGCGAUACCGACUGCGAUCCGGAUUGUGACCUCGCCUGUGAUACCAAUUGCGAUACCAACUGCCAUACCGACCUGCUCUGCUUCGAUGGCCACUGCUUUGGUGACGCCCACACCGCCGCCCCGGAGCAGAGCCUCGAGUCCCUGUUAGGGCUGGGGGCUCCGUACGGUUUGGACACAGGCCUGCUUCCAUCGAACCAUCUGGAGCAGCCCCAGAACCAAUUAUCCGGGUCCAACCCUCCAGCCGCGGCAGCGAUGUAUCCCCCGGCUGCACCUUUCGUUCCCGCUCCCCACAAUUCGCUCGCCCAUUGUCAUCCGCACCCGUCCCAUCACUUUCACUGCCACGACCUCUACAAAGACCAUCACGGCCAUCCACUUCCAGGGACCUAUCCUCUCCAAAACCAUGUCAACCCGGCAGACGUGUUCCACAUGCUGGGGAUGUGUCCCGACGUCUCGACCUGCCAGGAUUUCCACGUCCAUGAAGAAGCCAAUUGCCCCGUUCAACCCGACCAGCCGGCGGCCGAUACCGCGGAUGCGUUCACCUGCUUCCACGUUCCCCAUAACCUAAACGAACUUUUCAAGAAUCCGGGACCACACCGCUCCUAUCACCGGUGUCGUGGCCACGCCCACAUCCACGCCCAUCCGUAUUCUCCUUAUGCCCGCCGCUCUCGAUCCAGUGUUAGCUCACAGUUGGUGUCAAGCGCGGGCGAGACUCCUCCCCCGCUAGAUGGCGGGGGAUCGUCUGUGCUGACCAGUCCGGAUUUUUCCCCGGCCGACCCCGAGCUGCCCGUGUGCCGGUGGAGGACGUCGCACGGCGUCGGAUCCAUCUGCGGUGCAACCUUCUCCGAUCCCUGUGCGCUCCAGGAGCAUCUCGUGUCCUGUCACAUGGGCCCGGUCGACGGAGCCAAGGGUCCGGGCUACUAUUGCUGCUGGGAGGGGUGUCACCGUCCGAACGAACCGUUUUCGCAGAAGUCCAAACUUCAGGGACACUUUCUAACCCAUAGCAACUAUAAAAAUUUUACAUGCAUGGUGUGCGGGAAAUCCUUUGCUCGCCAGGCUACGCUGGAGCGACAUGAACGCAGCCAUCGAGGGGAGAAACCCUAUCGGUGUUCGGAGUGUGGAAAGAUGUUUACCGAUAGUAGUGAGCUGAAAACCCACUCGCGGACACAUACAGGCGAGAAGCCAUUCCGAUGUACCUAUCCAGGCUGCAACUUCCAGACGGGCGAUUCAUCCAACAUGUCCAGUCACCGACUCACACACGGAGAACGUCGGCACAAAUGCAUCUUCCCACGAUGUACCAAGAGCUUUACUCGACCAGACCAACUCAAACGACAUAUCCGGUGUACCCAUAAGGAAGACCCGGACGUGUUCUUUCCGUCUCCCACGCCUGACCAGUUUGCGCUGUCUUUUGCUAUAUGA